AUGCUUGUUUUUCUGCUAUUAAGUAUCACCAAACAUAUCUCAAUUGCUGACAGUGGCUUUGUUUAUGCGAAUAAUGGAGAAUCAGAUGAGUUCAACCUCUACAUGACCAACUCUGCCAGUGUUCUGGACGAACUUUUCGCAAAACGAUCGUACAACAAAAAUCACCCACCAAUUUUUGUGCCUAUGCCGAAAAAUUUCUCAGCAAGUAAAACUCGACGUAUGAAGAUCGAAUUCAUGCUCAACUACGUGAAGUUAUUUGACCUGAACUGGCGUGACCCGAGACUCACCUGGAACGAAACGCAAUUUGGAGGGGUCACCUCAGUUUUGACCACUUCAGACAUGAUAUGGAUAGCCGAUGCCGGGAUUUCUAGUGCCAAGACCCUGGAUGUGGUGAGCGGUCUGGCCACGCAAACAGUGCAAAUCUAUAGCAAUGGGACGAUCUCAAUGACAACGCCAUACUACGCGGAAACGGCUUGUCCAAUUUAUGCAAAUGUCUUCCCGUUUGAUUCACAGAACUGCAGCAUCGAGAUUCUUUCGCUUUCUUUAGCAACUGAAUGGAUCUCAAUGGAAGCAAGCUUUCUCAAUUUACCCGGACAAUUGGUUGGAAAUGGUGAAUGGGACGUGGUGAAUGCUUCGGCAGUCUUGUUUCCACCAGGAUUGACCGAAGUGAUGCAAAUUGUCACUUUUCUGAUCAUUAUCAAACGUGUACCAAACUUUUAUGUCUACGUCAUCGCUUUGCCGUGUUUCAUUCUGACCGUUUUAUCGAUUAUCGGAAUGUUUUGGACACCGAAUACGAAAAAGGAACAGUUGACAAAACUGAGUAUCGGACUUACAAGUCUUGUCUCAAUCACUGUUUUGAUGGGAAUGUUGGCGGAUGCUAUUCCGAAAACUCAAGUUUUUCCGUUGCUUGGUAUCUACGUGGUAGCUUGUGUUGGAAUUACCUCAGCAGCUUGUGUGGUCAUCGUCAUGUACUCAAUACCGAAACCUGGCAAAGAUGAACAAAAGAAAGAAUCGGAUCUCAAAAACUCAAAGCUGAAAGAAGCCAAAAUUGGAUCUCUUCCAUUACCUGAUACCGAGAAUCAAAUUUUCAGCGCCACUUUGGAAGUGAGAAUGAAUUGGCGAGAUCCAAGACUUGCGUGGAACUCGACAAAGUUCGGUGGAGUCAAAUCGGUCUUUGUCACGUCGGAUGUGCUCUGGAUUCCUGAUACUCGUUUUGGAAAUGUUAAAACGUUGGAUACUGUCAAUGGAAUGUCAAUGUCGAUCGCUCACAUUUUCAGCAAUGGAACGGUUUUCAUUACAACAGCUUAUUAUGCAGAGUCGACUUGUGGAAUCAAGGCAAGCACUUUCCCUUUCGACAAGCAGAACUGCUCGUUGGCUAUUUUGUCUCUGGGAUUGGAAUCAAAAUAUAUCUCUUAUGGAAUUGGAAUCGAAAAUGAAUCAACGGUGACAACGGGAAAUGGUGAAUGGUUGAUUACCGGUGCUUUGCCUAAAACUUAUCCGCAAAUUUACACAAAUAUGGAUAUUGUCGGCUUUCUAAUAAUGAUCAAAAGAGUACCGAAUUUCUACGUCUACGUGAUCGCUCUUCCGUGCUUCAUUCUAACGAUGAUUUCAAUUAUUGGAAUGUUUUGGUCACCGAAUAUAAAAAAGGAGCAAUUAGUCAAGCUCAGUAUCGGUUUAACGAGCCUUGUUUCGAUGACUGUUUUGUUGGACAUGUUGGCUUCGGAGAUUCCCAAAACUCAAGUGUUUCCAUUGCUUGGAAUUUACGUGGUAAGCUGUGUUGGGAUCACUUCUCUCGCCUGUGUGAUCGUCGUCGUGCACGCAUUGCCAAACCCCGAGAAGUUGACGAAAAGGGAAAUUGAGAAGUUGAAAGAAGCAAACAAGGGACAAACAAGGUUACGAUUCGUGAUUGAAUCAAUAAAGGAGUUCACAUGGCAUCGACAUUUCUUUCUUCUGUGCUUCUUUGAAGCAAUGAAUGCUAUUGGUUUCAUCAUAUUUUUGUCAUAUUGGGAAGAU